AUGGUCAGCAUUUUGUUGAUUGGAAAAACAGGCCACGGCAAAAGUUCAACAGGGAAUACAAUUUUGCAGGAAAAAAAAUUUCUAACAAAAGGCGGAACUGAAUCAGUUACGAAACACGUCAGCUGUGGGGUCUCUUCAUUUAGAAGAUGUAUUUUUAAAGUCGCCGACUUGCCAGGGUUUGCGGAUACAGAUAUUGGCAAAGUCAUGAGCGAUGGCCAGUUUGUAGAAAUCAUAGAAGAACAGAUGUAUCAAGCCUUUGACCUAUGUUCAUCAGGAUUCGAUGUCUUGAUGUACGUGUUUAGCUCAAGCGUAAGAUGCACCCCUGAAGAAUAUAAAGUUUUUAAAACUGUUAAACAAGUUCUUGGUAGCUGCGCCUUAAAAAAACAUGGUUUGCUUGCAUUAACGUUUUGGGAUGAAGACGACGAUGAAGUGGAAUCAUCAGUAACCACUUGGUGCAUGAAUCAAACUUCAACCCACUUUAAGGAAAUGGUACUGGAAGUUGAAAACAGAAUAGUGUCCUUUGAUAAUAAAUGCAAGCAUUUGGAAACAAAAACGAAACAAUUAACCACUCUGGAAAAUAUGGUAUUACUGAUUAAGAUGAAAAAUAACGAGACUCGGUACACUAAACAAGAUUUUUAUAAUGCCAAGAUGGGACGUCUGCAGUUAACAGUUCCGGAACUAAAACCAAACGCUGAUCGUAUAGUAUCCCAUAUUGUUAAUAAACUUGAGUUAUUGCAAAAAAAUACUACCACUUUACAAGAGUGGUGGGAUUUUAAAAAGAUAGCACACCACGCGGUUAAAGAUAUUACUAGGCUUGAUCAAGGGACGAAUAUACUAGUGGAUAGAAUAAACUCCGUGGAGAGUAUUGUCAAGACAGUUGAGUCCAUCAUACACGAGAAAAAUUUAAAUAACCUCAUGCGAGAAAGACAAAAGAAAAAUAUAGAAAGAGAACGAAAGUUAAAAUACGAACAGCGGGAAACAUAUUUUAAGCUGAUGCGAUUGAGACAAUGGCAAAUGCUAGAAGAAAAUAAUGAAAGAGAACGACAGUUAAAAAUGCAAGAAAGGGAAAUAAGACGACAAAGAGAGAUUAGAAAGUCUGAAGCUAUAGAAGGGAUUGUAGAGGGAGUUGUUAACAUUUGUAUCAAUAUUUUGUCUACUAUUUUAUAA